CCAUUUCUUCGGGCGGCAGUGAGAGUGAAAGAGUGAAAAAGAAGAAGAAGUACCUUCGACGUCGAUAUUGUUGGUACUAAAACAUUUUUCGCGAAGAGAGAGUCAUCGAUGAGCAAGCGGUUGGCGGUUCGUUUUUGCCGAAGAAAGUGGUCGAAAGUAAUAACAAAAAAUAAAGGGAUCGUCGCGAGUGAGUCCGCGUUUCGUGAGUGUGAGUUUCGAGUGAUAGGGACACCAUGAAGAUACAUUUAUGGUUGAUGUUUUAUUGGACAUUUUUUUCUACAAAAACCGUCAAAAGUUCUGCAGUGGUUUCACCCUAUUACCCUUUGAAUGGUGAAGAUUUAACCGAAGGAGAUAUCAAAGAAAUCGAAUUUUGGGAGAAAUAUUAUCACAGGCCGAAAAGAUCCGGCGAUGUGAGUGGUUCAGCUGACAUAGUCAACCAGUUUAAGUCAGCCUUAGUUUCGGGACUGAAGCAGAAACUAGGACAGCUAGCUCAAGGUUCGGCUGGUGCUGUAGUUGGGGCUUCUGCUGGUUUCAGCAAGGGCAGUUCUUCGGGACAUGGCGAAGCUAAAGGUCCGCAUACAUCGUACGAUCAUCCCCAUGUAACUUACGAGAAACCGUCAUAUAACUUGUGGGACCUGAAGAAAUCCGUACUCAAUACGCUGCUGCAAGCCGUGAAAGCCAUUCAGGGUGGAGUGCUGGCCAUCAAAGGGCAAAUAAUCAAAGGUAGCGGUUACGUGGUUUCGGGGGGAGGCAAACUUCUCGCGGCCGGAGGCGACAAAGUCACAGAUAUAGGGAAGAGCAUUAUCCAGAAAGCUGUGCUGGUGCCGCCCAAAACGCAUUCGUCGUAUCAUCAUUCGGGUUAUGGAACUUCUGGAAGUUACUCUGCCCCAAGUGGAGCUGCUGAAGUGUACGAUGCUCCGCCUUCAUCGGCAUCAGGAGGAAGCUAUGGCCCAGAAAGUCAUUAUGAAGGGCAUUAUGAUCUCACUGACGCCAAACUUCAUCACGGAUCAGAAGGACUAAUAGUCCUCAGACGCAUUGCUCCAAACAAGGACAAAUACCGCUCUUCCCAGAGCAAAUCCGAAGAGGUAUCUGGCCACGCAGCAACCUCGUAUUCCUCGUCAGGCAGUGGCGGAGGCGUCGGCAAUCUUGUAGGUAAAAUUUUAGGACUGGCGUCCUCUUCCGGCGGCCACCAGCAACAACCCGCAGCACCAGCCGCCUACGAUGGAAAGGGCGACCAGUUCACACCCGAAGACAGUCACUCGUCUUUAAAUCCACCUGCACCCCCGCAUUUCGAGGCUGAACCUGGUCCUCCUGCACCAAUAACGCACUCUGCAGCACCCUCCAUCGGAGAACAGAACACUCACAGUCUCGAUCUCACCUUUUCAAAGACUAAUGUCAAUUCCCUUUCGAACAGUGUGCCUUUUGGAGUUGAUUUCUCCCAGCAACAGGAUGGUUAUGACGACUUCCAAGAGAAUCUAGCUGCCCAAGGUACGAAUAACUACGAGCACAAAGUAAAACUGACUCGUGGGGAGCUUUCUGAGGGUGCCACGGUGGCUAGUUCGAAGAUCCAGCUCCCGAAAGACGCUCCUCAGAGUCUGGGAGCUCUUAAAGACGCUCUGGAAAAAGAACAGGUUAAUACGGGAUACAAACCUUCGAGUUUGAGCUUGUUAUAUUCCCCAGCACUGAUAGAUAUACAAAAAUCACCUUCAAAGAUUCAAAACUCUGAUCCAGCUUUGUCAUCUUUGACUAACUUCCUUCCAGAGGAAACUCCGAGGAUACCAAGCAGUUUCAAAACAUCCAGGGAUGGAUAUUCGAGUUUAAAAUCUUCGUAUCCUUCAUCAAAAAGUCACUCAGGGUCGUCUAGAGGUUCUAGCAGAUACAAGAGUACGAGUACCAGGAUAUCGUCUUCGAAAAAAAGGAAAAGGGCUCCCACGGAAGUGAGGUAUAGUCGACCGUCUUCCAAGGGAGAGUACCACGUGGCUAAGUCUCAUUCUUAUGAAUUGACAGCGGAUGGACUGAAGAGACUGACGUAGUGACAUAAAGCCUCCAUAGAACUCACAUCGAAAAAUACCACCAAACAACCAAUACGUUUCCUUAUAGUUAAGCCAGACUAAAUUGAAAGCGUCCCCUUGAUAUUUUUAUUUAUUUCUCUCCUGUUUAUACAUGCUCAAUUUUCUUAUUGUCUGUUACUCUAUUAUUUUAUUUUUACUCUAUACUUGUUAAGUUGUUUGUGAAAGAACCAUACACGUUUAGGAUUGUACAUUAAUUUAUUUUAC